GUACACACGGUUCCGUCCCUUCCUUGGUUUGGCACUGUGACUGACUAUUCUGUGGUCAUGUCAUGGUAUCUGACCACGCUUCGUGGUUAGCUGCUUUCCCGAACGCGUUUCACUCUCUUUUUAACCCAUUGUAAAAGAGCGAAGGAUCAAGCUACCUGGCCCAUCGCACCCAAAAAUCCUCUGAAUCAUCUUGAUUCUAAGCUCUCCUUCUUGGUCUUCCUCUCUCUCUCUCUCUCUCUAUAAUUGAUCGACGGGUUCUUCAAACACUCCCUUUUUCCGCCCUUUUUUUCUUCGAAACUCCUGCUGAUACUUCCGGAUGGGUGCGGCUACUACCUGUCAUCCGCCGCCACCGCGAGCGGAUGAGACGGCUGUGUUGCCUCUGAAUUCGCUGCCUCUGGGUUUCAGAUUUCGGCCCACCGACGAGGAGCUUGUUGAUUUUUACCUGAGACAGAAGAUUAAUGGUUAUGGUGACGAAGUCUGGGUUAUCCGGGAAAUCGAUGUUUGCAAAUGGGAGCCCUGGGAUUUGCCUGAUUUAUCGGUGAUACGGAACAAGGAUCCAGAGUGGUUCUUCUUCUGUCCACAGGACCGCAAGUAUCCGAAUGGCCAUAGAUUGAACCGAGCAACAAAUCAAGGGUAUUGGAAGGCAACUGGCAAGGAUCGCAAAAUUAAGUCCGGGUCCACGUUGAUAGGAAUGAAGAAGACUUUAGUCUUCUACAGUGGUCGUGCUCCCAAGGGGAAGAGAACCCAUUGGGUUAUGCAUGAGUACCGUCCCACUCUGAAGGAGCUUGAUGGUACCAAUCCUGGACAGAAUGCCUAUGUCCUCUGUCGUUUGUUUAAGAAACAAGAUGAGAGUCUUGAAGUUUCAAACUGUGAAGAAGUGGAACGGACUGUGUCAACCCCUACUGCUGCUAAUUACUCUCCAGAAGAAAUACAGUCUGAUGCUGGUGUGGCUGUGGUAUCCCCGUCGGUGGCUCCAGAAGAUGAUAAGCAGCGGAUAGCUCCAUUCUGUAUUUCUGAGAACACUGAAGAAACCACAUCUAACGUAAUAACAUCAGCUGAUUGCCAUAGUGAUGGGGGUGAUGCUUGUGACGCACAAAAUCAAAAUGUAGAUAAAACAGCUAUAGAGGAGGAUCCGCUGUUGAACCUUGAUAUAUUUAAUGAACCAAUAACUGGAUUUGAUGACAAGAUGUUCUCCCCGUUACAUAUGCAUGUGCUGUCAGAAUUUUAUGAUCCAGUGAGCAAUGUAUCAGAUGGCUAUUCUGGGGUGCAACUUUCAUAUGGCACAAAUGAGACAAAUUUUUCAGAGUACUUUGACUCAUGCAUUAAUUAUGGCGGGUUGUCCUGUGAGGACUACAUCAGUCAAAAGCCAACCUCUGGCGUUUUAAAUCCUAGGGACUAUGGAUCUGGCAAUGACUCAGAUGUGCAAAUGGCCAAUAUGCCGUAUCGUCAAGCAUUGCAUGCUGUGCAUCCUGAGGAGGCAAUUGAGAACAGGAUUCCUUCCAUGAUAGAUACAGCUUCAGAAUUUACCGGAGCCAUUACGCCUGACCUCAGUGGUUUUGACCAGAAGAGCAAUAUUGGGAUAGUCCAAAGCCAUUCUCAGAUGGCUUUGCCAUCUGAUGUUGCUUUUGACCAAGUCUACAGUGUGUUAAAUGGUUGUCAGGAACCAAGAAACUACAAUACAGUUGUUGGCGGUGAUAAUGGUGCUGGGACUGGGAUCAGGAUUAGGACUCGCCAAGGGCGAAAUGAAGAGGUAAACAUGAACCCUAUGAUCCAAGGGCAGGGUAAUGCUCCCAGAAGAAUUCUUCUACUUAAAAUUGAGAAAGGUGGGGGUUAUGUACAAGAAAACCAUGAUUCAAAACCAAUCAUCACAAGGGAGACUGAAGCCUCAGAAAAUAAUGCUGCAGAAGAGGAUGCUAAUGCUGAGAGUGAACCCCAGACUCCUGAGUCAGUUGACAGUAAUAAUAUUUCUCAGCAACUUGUUACAAAUGAAGAUUCUAUCUCAGGUUUAAAAGAAACCAUGUUGUGCAAAUCAGUUAAGGGCACAUCAAAGGUUUCUUCUCGUGCCAGGAUCCGGUCAUCUACCUUGGUAUUCUCUGUCAGUUUAAUGGCUGCAGUAGUAUUCAUAGCUAACAUAUGGGGAGUUAUUAAAUUUUGAACUGCUAGGUAAUUGGCCCCGUUGCAUUUUUAAAAUUUUUGGGGGUGGCUGGCAAGGCUCGUUGAGGAGAGGCAUGGGUUGACUCUGUUAGUUUGGAUGUUUAUAUACAUAGUUACAUGCUCGUCUUUGUGCAUAUGUAGGCUGUUCCUUUGUAUGCAGCUGUGCUAUAGUUUCAGACUUUCACUCAUAUUAGUUUAUGCAUCUUUCUCUUGCAA